AUGGUUUUGAAAUUAUCUUUCGCCUGCUGGGACUAUGAUCGCAUGAAGGCAAUAGAAGAUGGCCGGGUUCGCGCCGAUGGGAUCGAAAUUCAGUUCCUAAACCUUCGUGUGGAGGAAACAUUUUUCCGACAAUUGCGCUUUAAGGAGUUCGAUAUAUCCGAACUGUCUCUUUCAUCUUACAUGUUGACGCUCAAUCAACCAAAUCCGCCUUUCAUCGCCCUCCCGGUUUUUCCUUCUCGCUUUUUUCGGCAUCAAUCGAUGUAUAUCAACACCAAGGCCGGUAUCUCUAAGCCUGAGGAUUUGGCCGGGAAAAAGGUUGGAAUACCCGAGUACCAAAUGACGGCCGCGGUGUGGCAACGGGGAAUUCUCGAGGAUGAAUAUGGCGUCAGUCCAAGCCAGGUUCAAUUCUACGUGGGUGCAAUCGAGAAAGUGGCAAGCGACGUGCAAAGGAUCAGCAAAGUUCCGCAUUCCCUACCGGAGGGCGUGACAGUGACUGCCAUCCAAAAGGGCCAAAAUCUCUCUGACAUGCUUGCCAACGGUGAAAUCGACGCUAUCUUCAGUGCUAGCCAGCCUUCAUCCCUGGAAACAUCCCAGGAUGUCGCCCGUCUGUUUCCCAGUUUCAAAGAAGUGGAAGCCGAAUACUACGAGAAGACCAAGAUCUUUCCCAUCAUGCACGUUAUCGCCCUUAAGCGAGAUCUUUAUGAGGCACACCCAUGGAUUGCAAAAAGUUUGACCAAGGCAUUCGCGCAAAGUCUCGAUAUCGCCUAUGAAGCCCUGGAGGAGCGCUCGGCACUCCGAUAUAUACUUCCCUGGCUCGAGGAUCAUGCCAUUGAGACCAAGAAGCUAAUGGGCGGGAACCCCCGAUGGUGGCAGGAUGGUUUCGCAGAGAAUAAGCAUGUUAUCUCCAAGUUUUUAGAUUAUCACUACAGACAGGGAUUGUCCCAGAGACUGUUUCAGGCGGAGGAGAUCUUUGCCCCGAAUACUCUGGAAUCGUUUGUGAUGUAA